AUUCCAACAAAUCAGUCUUCACUAAAGAUGCGUUUUGUGUUCAUCAUUGCUUUGCUGCUCAUUGGAGCAUCUCUCGCUCACCCAGCCGAUCCGAUCCGUGCCAAACGUGAUGUUUCCGCCAGUGAAGAUGAGUUCAGCGGAGAUUCAUCUGGAGAAAUUUCUGGCGAGAGUUCUGGUGAAGCAUCUGGUGAAGCCUCGGGAGAAGCAUCUGGUGAAGCCUCGGGAGAAGCAUCUGGCGAAUCAUCUGGUGAAACUUCCGGCGAGAGUUCAGGAGAUGAGGAAACUUCCGGCGAAGGAUCUGGUGAAGAAGGAUCCGGUGAUACAUCACCAGUCGUUCCUGUCGACGAACUCACUCUUCAACAGUUGGAGACACUCAACACGUAUGCUCAACAAGUUCAAGCUGAAUCACAGAAGCUCAUUCACCAAGCUAACUUCGUCAUCACUGAGAUGACUGCUCUCUCUGCUAACGCUCAAAACCUCGGAAUCCUCUCGAACAUCGUGCUUGCCAACUCUCAGAUGGUUCUCGACAGUGCUCGUCUUUCACUCAAUGAAACUGAAACCGAAACCGGAACAUCUGCACCAGCUACUUGCGUCUCAUCUGCUGUCUGCUAUGGAGAUUCUGGAUGUGGAAGUGGAAAAUGCAUUGGAGCUCUUGCCGGAACUUGCAACUGUAACUCCUGUGUCUUUGGAUGGCCAUGCCAAGAGGACAGUGCUUGCGGAGGAUUCAACGGUGCUUGCAACAGCAUUACCGCUACUUGCGAUUGUUUUGCUGCCUACACCAAGAACAAUCUCACUCUGGCCGAAGCCCUCACUUCGUUCUGCAACGUGGAGACGUGCAAUGGAGCCGAAGACAAUGUCGAGAAGUGCCACGGAUUGCCAUGCAACUAUGGAUUCUGUGUUUGCUAAUUGACCCCAUCUUAUCGGCUUUUUUUUAUUUUGCCCAAAUAUAUUGCACACAAGUUUACGGAAUGAAUAAAAAUUUCAUGAUUCU